GCCAGUGCUACAAGUGAGUGUCUGCUCGUAGCUGAGACAAAUCGAGAGAUUUUGAAGAAUUUGAGAGUGAGUGAAGUUAAAUUUGGACGAGAAUUUUUGCUGUGCAAUGUGUCGCACCAAUCGUCGACGUCAAAGGCUAUCGCAUACAGGAAGUAUCCAUCACGACGUGCAAGUUUAACAUUUCUUUCUGUCACCGAAAAAGCAGGACGCACGGAGAAUUGCUUUUCUGAUGUUCUACUGCUACAGAAGGAAAUAAAGAGUCAAACACAAACUCUUCGAACUAGCAACAGCAGAAACCAUGCCGGGCGGCGUCGCCUCCGCCGUGCUUCAGUCCCUGAAUGGGAGCACCACCGUGAUGUCCAGUAUCUUUUCCGGUUCUUCUUCCCCCGAGGAAGCGCAUUUGCUCCAGCAAGCCGGCUUCCAGCCGUCGCUUCCCUACCACACUGGAGCACCGGCGGAUGAGGUGCUGCCAGAAGCGGGAAAUAACGCGGAGCAUGAGCACGAUUCCGGGGAACACGACGAGCACCACGAGGAGCAUGAGGACCACGAACAUGAGGACCAUGAGCACGAAGACCACGAUAUCUUGUGUAAAAACGUCGACGCUCCAGCCUCCAGGCUCAUCAAGAUGGGCACUUUUCUAGACAAGCCAGCAUUUACUUUUGGAUAUCGCGCGUAACAAGAAGUUUAGGCUCGCAGUGUCGUCGCAUUUAGCUAUUGUAGCUGCAUCACAAAUCGAUCCCUUUAUCCUGAUUCUAGCAUGACAAACUGGCAGACAGCAUUACAGAAUCCUCCUCAUGUGCGCUGCGCAUGAGAAACAUCUUACUAGGCUUGCAGAUUUGCAUGGCAAGUGUGGGGCGGGGACGAUGACGUUUUUCUUCAGGAUACAGGAGCACGAAGAGCACGUAUCCCACGAAAAAAGUGUUACAGUUACACAUUUGCAGUGAAUUCAGCAACACAAAUUUCUCUGCAUGAGAGAGAAAACUUGUAAUGCAGAAAUCCUACGGGAAAACACCUACGAAACGAGGCUCCUAUACAUAUCCGGCAUGACAGAGCUUGUCUGUCUUGCUUGGCCUGCAACACAACGCGUAACUGUAACACUUUUUUCUUGCGAUAGCACGAGGACGAGCACCAUUACGAGGAGGAGGAGGAGUUCCACGAAGAGCACGAGCCGGAGGUAUUACAAUGAAAUAUGCCCCCACCCCCGAACUUGGUAGCAUUUGUAUUGCAAACCUUCCAAAAAGAAAGAGAAACAUUCGCCCUCUUGCAUCUAGCAGCAUCACAGAUUUAUUCCAAUCGUGAAUAGAAGCAAAAAUUUGUAUUGUAAAAGACGCCAGCAAGAGCGGCGCUUGGCAUGCAAGCGAUGCGAUAUACGACUAGACUCUGCAUCAGAAAGAUUCAUAUUUCUUUCAUGCAUGAGAAAAAGUGUUCAUUUGGAAACUCAAACUUCGCAUCACACAUUCUCGCGUCCGCCUGACUCCACGACCUGGUGGCCGAACCAUGUGCGGUAAGGUGCCCUUACAGGUUAUGUAGUGGCUUCGGUCGGUUUAGCAUCACAAAUUCUUGCAACUGUGGAGGGGGUGGGGGCAUUUUUCACUGUAAUAGGUGCAGGAAAACGAAAACGAAGCCGGUGGAGCAGGUGGUGACGACCAGCAGGACGCCGAGGCGGAUGGUGCCGGCGCCGAGAACGAAAACGAGGUGGAAGUCGAGGGCGCGGAGGAAGAAAUCGUGGAGGAGCUGGGGGAGCACUUGUCUUCCGAGGUCACGGUGCUGAACGGUCUGCGGAUCUGCUUCGAGCAAGCGAACGAGGAGAUCAACGAACAGACGAAGAAGAUCUACAAGAGGGUGGAGUCGGUGGUGGAGGUCGUGAAGGGCGGUUUUGGCCUGUUUAGUGGCGGAAAGGGCAAGGCGGGCGCGGGGGGAAGCAAGACGAACAAUGAUGCGGAGAAGUCAACAGCGGCCACUACGAGUUCCACUUCUGCUGGUGCGCGCCAAUAUGAAGAUGGCCACACGUCGUCCCCCUCGUCAUUUGGUCCGAAUAGAAGCAAGACAACGUCAAAGAAGAAUAAAGGGGCAGAGAACAAGCCAAGUCGUGGAUCCAGCUUUGUCACCCCAAAGAACAGCAGCACUACUCGCCGCGGCAAAAAGACGAGCGCUUCAUCUCUCCGCGAAGGAUCGCAAAAGGAGAUGAAGCAGAAGAAAACAACCAAAAUCGAGGUCCAGCAAAUAAAAUUUGAGAACAUCAACUUUACAAAACCCAUACCGCUGCCGAUACCACGACUUCCCGGAUCAAUUUCUACCUCAGGCAGCCCAGCAGUUCCGUAUUUGCCAGUUGCACCGACGAGCAACUUCUCGACGGCGCAGCCGGUAGUUAAAAAUGGGGGUUUUUCCGUGCUGAUGAAAAACAAAAAUCUGAAAAUGAACCCGAACGUGAUCGAUGAAAUAAUCGCUCAUCCGAAAAGCUGCAAAACAGAUGACUCCGAUUUAAACUCCUCAACGACCACGACCCUCCUGGAGCAGCAGGUGAAUGAAGGGUCGUACUCCGAUCAUUUUGGGAGUGCGCCUAGCAAGAGGAUCAAGGCGCCGGUCAACACCAGCGGUGUUUUUAGCGGGGACGAGGGGCAGUAUGAGCAGGACUUCGAAUUCGAGGACGCGCAGCACGAUAUCUACGAAGAAAUCGUGGCUGACGGGGUAUUGAAUUUGAACGGUACCAGUACUGCGAAAAAUACGCAGGAAGCGAUGCAGGAACAACUGAAGAGCAAGAAACAAAUCCGAGCAGGAGCAGCUGCACCCUCUUCUCCUUCGGAUCAACUGCAUCUUCACGAACAAGUUCUGGUCACGAACCUCAUCACGCCCGAACUUUUGGAGGAAUUGAUCCCGAUCGGAGAUGAGUUGAAGUACCGGCAAAGUCUGUACGGUGGGAGUAGUUCUUGCAACCAAAACAACCAAACCUACGCGAACAGCAACGGCGAGCUGAGUCCCGGAUAUUGCAACACGAUCUGGAGCGUGGAUGAGGCGAAUGCAGCGGCGCAGAUUACUCAACUUCCGCCCCUGCCGUUUGUUAGCAAAUCGAACACGGUGAAGCAGUUGAGCCCGGACUUGCAACCGAUAGGCCACUUAGUACCGAGGGGAAUAGCAAGCACGCCGGAAGUUGCUGCGAUUUUAAAGGGCGAUCAUUCUGCGGCAAACGCAAAAGACGACAGCGGGCGGAUCCAUAAUUCUUGCACUGAAUUAGUAAACCACCAUAGCGUGCAUGCAGACGCAAACUACCUCUUUCCGUCCUCUAACUCGAGCGACUGCGGUAGCACGAAGACCAUCAUCUUGAAUUCACCCGCUUCGUGCACAGGACGGGACUGGAACAAUUCCACUGUCACGCGGGAAGAGCUGCACGACGACACUGAAAUUGACCUGUAUGCGGCUGACAGUGACGCAACGCCUAUUGCAUCACUUUGUGGGAAACUUGGAAAUCUCCACUACGUGUCCCCCAGGCAAGAGGAGUUGCAAGUCGUCAACGGAGAACUGCUGCAGAACUACAAUGGACGAGAUGAACCUCCACGAGAUGUUGAGCCACCAUCUCCGGAAAUCAUAUCCAGCAGCAGCAACAUCAGGGAAAUCAACGCCAUUACCACAUACCCGUCUCCAAGUGCGAAAAUGAAGGAACUAUCGCGGAAGUUGUUUCCACCAGCGCAGUGUGAUGAUUUAUUCUGCGAACAACAAUCGUCUCCAGAAACGGUGGAACUACAACGGCAGCAAAACAACGAGGGGCUGAAUGAAGUGGAGGAGGAACACGAUGAUCCCGAGACCCACCGGCCGCCGAUCGUCGUGAUUUCUCCCUCAAUGACGGAAGAAACCGACGCAAACUCCGAUGUAGUUGCCGACAAGAAAAACAAACACCCUACGAAACUCGUCGGCCACUCACGACGCGUGCAACCCUGCCAGCAGAAGAUCAGCCUCAAGAACCCGGAGUUAGAACAAUUGGAAUUGCAGCAACACGCACAGCAGCACACCACUCCGAAAGUAGUGCGACCGCGGAAUAGAAGCGCGCGGAAGAUCAAUACAAAGGAGAAAUCCAAGAUGGAUAGGGGUUCCAAAAACUGGCAGGAGAAGACGGCCGAGGAACAAGCCGCUUCGGUAGUGGUGCUGUUUUAGAUCUCUUUUUUGCGCUUCCUUUAGCUUUAUCCUCAUUGUGACGAUGAGAACUACUAGAAACGCCUUGGGCUGUGUAGGCCUUGUGAGAGCUUGUCUUUGUUUAUUUUUUUCCUUUUGAGCAGGUAUUUGAAAUACCUGAACAAACUUCCUGAUUUUAUUCCCUACUUCUGCAGUUGCUGCAUCAAUAGUCUCUGACUACAGUGCUUAUUCGACAACACUUAUUUUCAACAAAGAAACACAAAAAGAUACAGAAGCCAUUUUUUGAUUGGCUCCCUUGUAAAAAUUCCAAUUAGCAUUUAGUUUUAGUAUGCGUUUACCCGAACUAAAAUUUGUUCGUGGAGACAACCGCUGUCCUGCUUCAUCGCGGAUAGUGAAUAAAAUGUACCAACGCAAGAAACCUAGUUUGAACUUAUUCGUGAACUGAAUACAAAAACCGAGCUUUUGAUGUGGUUGUCGUUGUCGUGCGACUCCCCCCUGCAUGACUUCCACAUCCUUCGUGAUACCACAUUCACUUUUAUCCUUUGACAACAAUUUGUUCUUGAUUUCGAAAAGUUAACUUUCUUUUGCUGUUGAUUUACAGACCACGCGGAAGCACCAAUAUUUUCAAAAAAAAAAACUCUCGUACACUAUUUUUCCUGAUUGAAUUAAGCAAG